AUGAACGUGAAGCCUGCCAUAGUCUGCUUCGGGCGUGUAGCUCACGCCUGGGAGCUUACACCAUCUGUGCGAGCCGCGCUUGUGGUAGACGAGGCAAGCCAAAGUGUGCUGCUAUCCAACCAGGUAUUCCACAAUAGUCCCGAUCCUACUGCACCAUGGUGCUCAGUGCUGUGUCCCCUUCAACCUUCCGCUGCCACCAGCCAGCAGGAGCAGGAGCGGCGGCUGGCGCUUAUUGCCUCAGAGCUUCAGACCUUUGCGCGCAGCGAAGUCCAGCCAGCCGAGAGCUGUGGCGGCAUUGCGGAGCCACCCGCAGCGUCCGCAGUCCAUGUGUCUCUCCGGGACCUUCGCGCAAGUGACGAGGGUGCUUGGCGGGAGCUGCAGAAGCUUCAGGGUCAGCUUGCUGAAACACAGCAGGACCUGAAGGAGUUAAACUCCUGUUACCAGAAAAGAAUGGAGGAGCAGGAGGAGCAAGUAGAGACACUCUCGUCGAGGCUGCAAAGUCUGAGAGAAGACCAAGAAGCUGCGAGCAGGUCCCUGCAGGACCACGAGACACGGCUCGGAGUGAGUGAGGCCGAUCAAAGAGAAGCGCAAGAGGCGGCCAAAGCAAGCUGCCAGCGCAACAGCAGCAGCUUCGACGAAGUCCACAAGGUCCAUGGCCGUCUCUCCUCCGAGAUGGCCGACGUACGGGCAGCCUUCGAAACGCUGGAGCAAGAGAUCAUGGAAUCCUGCAGCAACCACAAGCAGUCGGUGCAAACUCGCCAGCAGCAGGUGCUGGAACAAGUGGAGGAGCUCCGGUUUCUCUCGCAGCAGCGUCACACCGAAGCGCAGGAGCAAUUCAAGACCUUUCAGCAGUUGGUGCUGUCCCAGCAGUGGGAGGCCAAGCAGAUUGUAGACGGUGAGCUGCGAAGCUUCCAAAUUCACCUCGACAAGGCUCUCUGGCAGAAGCAUGGCGCAGACUGGGCAAAAGCUGCAGAAGAUGGCGCAAGCCCCUCCGCCGGCAUUGCGGAGCCAAAGACUGCUCGGGCUCCUGAGCCACCAUCGAUACCAUCGCCUCUGAGGGAGGACUUCCCUGCUCAGUGGCGCAGCAUCCUGGAGGAUGUCAUCCGCAGGUCAAAAUGCCUCUGCGAGCAGACUAAGGCGGAGACCGACACGAAACUCGGGGAUCUUGAAGCCAAGCUCAGGAAAUGCAUGAAGGGCUUGUUGGAUGAACAGCUCAAGAUCAAUCAGCGCACCAGUCAGGAGGCUUCAGAGGCCCAGGAGACGGGACAGCUGAGUGCAGAGCUGGUAAAAGCCGCCGAGGCAAAGUUCAAGAGGGGUUUGGAGUGGAGUCUUCUCUCUGUGCGAAGUGAAUUCCAGCGAGACCUCGAGAAUUUGAGGGAAACGCAGCAGAAGGUCUUGGGUCAGGUGCAGCAGACUCUGGCGAGCAUGAGCGGCGACAUGGAGAUUGCAGCGACGAGCUCGGCGAGGUUGGGGAAGUCUGUGAAGAAAGUGGAGGACAAAGUCCAGGACAUUUCCGUAAGUGUGGUUCAGCAUCAGGCGGACAUCGACGAACUCAGAGCAGAGACUGGUACGCUGGCACGAACCAACAAGCGGGUCGAUGACCUCUGGAGACAAGUGGAGGGCGUGAGAUUGGAACGAUCAACAAAGGAUAGCAGGGCAGAGACUCUGACCCAAAGUCAAGGCAGGAGUUUCUAUGGCCAGCCCGGGGCAGAUUUGCCACCUUCGCCGCCUACGCAGCCACAGCCUCCGUGCCGUGAAAGAAGAGCUCGCGACCGCGACAGCUUUCGAGCGGCAGAGGCGAACAGCGAAAAGGGCCUAGAAAAGAGAGUCAGCUGUAAUGAUAAGUUCGUAAGUGCAGUUGAGGAACAAGGCUGGGAGAUCUGUCCCAGCUUCAAUUUGCAGCAGGUGUGA